AUGUCAUCCUCAUGGACACCUCCCAAUGACUACGAGAGUAGGCCUGUGGCUAUUCUUGGUGCUGGGGUUCUGGGAAGACGGAUAGGAUGCAUCUGGGCCUCCGCUGGCUUUGAUGUGCACCUGCGGGACCCAAGCCCGCAACAGCGAGAGGAUGGAAUUGCCUACAUCCAGGAGAAUGCCGUACUUUACGCUCAGAAGACCGGCAAGAAAGUUGGCGUUGUGCACGCCUUUGAGAGCCUGGAAGACGCCAUUGCCAAUUCCUGGCUUGUAAUUGAGGCUGUCCCUGAGAAAAUUCAACUGAAGAUUGAUACCUUCGGUGAACUUGAUACACUCGCACCAGCCGACUGUAUUUUGGCGUCCAACUCGUCGUCCUACAAAUCUUCCGAAAUGCUUGAGAAAGUUUCAGAAGCUGGCAAGAGCCGGAUCUUGAACAUGCACUACUAUAUGCCGCCGCAGUGUAUGGUCGUAGAACUCAUGACAAAUGGCCACACCGAGGAAGGCAUUUUUCCCUUCAUGAUCGAUCGCUGCAAGAAGGGGGCAACUUUGCCUUAUGUCGCCAGAAAGCAAUCUACUGGGUUCAUCUUCAACCGCCUUUGGGCAGCUGUCAAACGGGAGACCUUGACCAUCCUGGCGGAAGGGGUCUCAGUUCCGGAAGAGAUCGACUCUUUGUGGACUGAAAUGUUUGUUAAAGGAGGAGCAACCCCUUGCAAGACCAUGGAUAAUGUUGGUCUCGAUACUGUCGCCUUUAUUGAGUCGCAUUAUGUUGAGGAACGCGGUCUUUCUUCUGAAAAUACGGUUGAUUACCUUCAAGCAUGCUACAUCAACCAUGGGAGGUUGGGCACAAAAAGCUCCCAGGGGGGACUAUACCCACCUCAAGCGGUUGAAAAUAAGUGCGCUUCCAAAGACUAUAGACUGGUUGUCCUAGACAUUGGGCUGUCUUCCGCCACACCGUCGAUGACAUCUGGUUCCAUUCUCGAAAUCUCAGCAAAUGGACAAGUUCAGAAAUCUCUCGUUGAGAAUCAGUGUCUGCCUGAUGGCCUAGUCGUUGACCCCCAGACUGGUCGACUCUUUUGGACCAACAUGGGUAUCCCUGGCAAGGAAGACGGAAGUGUGCUUUGCUACAACCCCGAGACCAAGGCUGUUGACACAAUAAUCCCAACGGGAAAGAUCAAUACACCGAAGCAGCUAGCCCUCGACAGCACGUCGAACAAACUAUAUUUCUCGGACCGUGAAGGCCUCUGUGUUUACCGAUGCAACUUUGAUGGUACCGAGCUAGAGAAGAUUGUGCAGGCCGGCAACCCGCAGAAACUCGAGGAUGCCGAAGAUACUAGAAAAUGGUGCGUCGGUAUUGCUGUUGCGCCAAGGCUCGGCAAGUUUUACUGGACACAAAAAGGUCCAUCCAAGGGCGGACAAGGCCGCAUUUUUUGUGCCAAUAUCUCAACCCCAGUGGGCGAGUUGCCUUGCUCACGGUCCGAUAUCGAUUGUAUCCGCAGCGGGCUCCCAGAGCCUAUCGAUCUUGAGGUUGACGAGUCAAACUGCUGGCUGUACUGGACCGACCGUGGCGAGAUUCCUUUCGGCAAUUCCCUGAAUCGUGUCCACCUUAAUGAAUUUGGACAGUGCUCAGCAGCUCAGAAGUCUGAGUUGUUGGCACGCAACUUCAACGAGACGAUCGGACUGAAGCUUGAUGUCGAAAACGAUGCAGUCUAUGUUACAGACCUAGGUGGAAGCAUUUAUCGCUGUGGCCUGACUGGUGAGCCAAAGUCGCUUCUAUACGCAGACAGCACCCGGGCAUUCACUGGUAUUGCCAUCCUUUGA